GUUAGCCCCGUCAUCCAUCGCCAAGGUCGUCUCGUCAUUCUCCUCUGAGUAUGAGACUUGGAAUUUUCAGACUUCAAUAUCGGAUUUGAACAUUGAACGAACAAAAUAUGCCAUGACCAGUCUUAACUGUAAAUGAAGAACCAUUACUAUAAUUCGUCAUUCGUGACGUCUCCAUCAGCGACGACUGCUAUAUAUAAGAAUCCCGCUCUCCUCUCUCCUCUCUCCUCAUCAAUCCGAGAGUCUUCUCUUGGCAAUUUGCAGCGAUCAUAUUCUUACUCCACAUCCUCUCUCUUUUUAUCGAAGAAAACCAGAGCUCAACAAACACCAACAAUGGCGAUUGGAAGCGUUCAGGAGGUUCUUCCCACUGUUCUCGAUUCUACUUCCCUCCCACCUUUGUUCGACGGAACAACGAGAUUGUAUGUAUCUUACACAUGCCCCUAUUCACAACGUGUCUGGAUUACUAGAAACUGUAAGUGUUUGCAGAGCAAAAUACAGUUGGUUCCUAUUGAUUUACAGAAUAGGCCUACCUGGUACAAAGAGAAAGUCUACCCUGAAAACAAGGUGCCAUCAUUGGAACACAAUAACCAAGUCAGAGGAGAGAGCAUUGAGUUGAUGAAAUAUCUUGACACCCACUUUAAAGGACCCUCCCUUUUCCCCAAUGAUCCAACCAAAAGAGAGUUUGCUGAAGAGUUGCUUUCCUACACCGACACAUUCAACAAAACUGUGUUUACAUCAUUCAAGGAAGAAGCUGAAAAAGCAGUUGGGGCUGCUCUUGAUCACUUAGAAGACACACUUUCCAAAUUUGAUGAUGGCCCAUUCUUCCUUGGCCAAUUCAGUCUGGUGGAUAUUGCCUAUGCUCCAUUUAUUGAAAGAUUUCGCCCAUUCAUACUGCAAGUAAAGAAAUAUGAUAUCACCACAGGAAGGCCUAAACUGGCAGCUUGGAUUGAGGAGAUGAACAAGAUUGAGGCCUACAAACAAACCCAACGUGAUCCUGAGGAGCUUGUUGAAAUAUACAAAAAGCGUUUCUUGGUCCAAGUAUGAGCGUGCUAGUGACUUCUCUCAACCAUGAUCUGGAAAAUGGGUUUCAGAGUAGUUUGUCAGCGACGUCUUGAUUCAAAAACAUGUAUUUCAUUUUUUAUUUUUUCCUUUCUUGUCAAUUAGUUAGUGCAUGGGAAAUGCAAUUCAAAGUUGCAUGUCCCAAGUCAUUAGGAUUUGUUGUCUCAUGUGGACAAUGAGACCUGCAUUAUUUGAA